GCCCCGGACGGAGCCUCCGUGCCCGGUCUGUGGGUGGCAGUUGCGGGAGGCCGGCGCGGCACCGGGCCGUGCGGUGCUGUUGCAGAGCUCGGGGGCUGAUUCCAAACCACGUCUGUAAGCCUCGUCUGUUGGGCUCUGAGGUUCUUCCACAGUGUGGUUUCUUGCUCUUAUUUCUGUUCUAAAUCUUCUUGUUCACCAAGCAGAAUAAUUUUGCUGCGCCCUUCAAGUUUCUUAUCGUGUCCAAAGCCCGUUUUUUGGUAUAGAAGCAUGAGGUGCUGCCUCCUGCCACACCUCACCACUCAGAUAUCGAGCAUACGGCCAUUGGGGGACGGUAAUGCCUUGGGAGUAAUAACUGAGCAAUAGUAUGGAGCUGUGAUAGGGCAAACUGCAUGUUACGCUCAGUAGAGGGGAUCUGGAAUUCAGGCACUGUGGGCUCAGCACGGCCAUGCCCUGCCCCUCGCAUUCAGCAUCUGUGUCUGCGCGUGCUAGCCGUUCCCCCGGCCCUUUGUCUCUCUCUUCUUGACGAUAGUGCUGCUGUGGGGAAAAAUAGAGGGAAAGAACAACAGGAUAUUGUCUGGUUCUGGCCCCUGUGCCAACAGUGACAAAAUGUUGUUUUCUCUGCGUUUUCGGGAUUCUGGUUGGCUUUUAUUACUCAUCGGUGCGCCCGAAUGCGUGAAGAUGUGUUUUUAAAUUCUUGCAGUUACUGUGGAAAACUUGAGUCCCUGGGAGGAAGGUGGUGCCCCGUGUCUGCAUGUGGACGUUCCUGCUCUGGAGGAUGACCCUCUGACCCGUGCAGAGGAAAAGAGGAGCUCAGCUGUCAAGCACAACAGGAAGGCGUGCGGUGCUGCGGUUUGCUGGGAUGACACCUGCAGAGCUGCCGCAGGCGUGGAAGUGAGCCACAGGCUGCAUGGUAGUGCUGAGGGAGCUGCGCUGCUGCACGAAUCUCCUGCCAAACCACAGUGCUGUUCUGGCUCCCAUUCCCUUUUCUGACACCUGUAGUGAGUCUGAAGCACGCUGCAACACAGACUUCUGCAGCAAGUGCUGAAGUGAAGAGGGCAUGGAGCAGCACUGAAAAAAGCCCUUUUAGCCAUCAGGAUUGCAGGCCAGGGACACAAGCUGCAACUGCGCCGGGGCCACCAAGCCAGGAGCUGGCUGCAUACAGCACUUGAAGGAGGACAAGCAGGGCACAGGUAUGCAGCGAGCAUGGGGCUGACGGCAGGGCUAUGCUGCAACUGCAGGGGGGGCUGGGGACGUGCCCCCAUCUGAUUUGAUGCUGAUAAACUCUCAGUAAGCCUGAUUUCAGAGUAGGUUAUUGGUGUACAGACAUGCUGUGUGAUUUUUAAGAAGACUGUAGAUUUGAUGGCCUCCUUAACACGAAAUAAACCCAAACAGUCUUUGACUAAUGCAAAGUGUAGGCAACAGCUUUGAUUUCUGCAUCCUCCUGUGGGGCCGCGGUGCCUUUGCUGUGCUCACACAGCAGUGAAAAUGGCCUGGGUGAGAGGAACAAGUGACUGAUAUAUGGUAAUUUAGCCAGAGAAUGAGUUGUAUUAAAACCAUCCAGUAUAAAAUGGAAGCUUUGCAUUCUGCAAUAAUGUAUCAUAUAGGGCACCUAUAGCUACAAGGCAAAUGUAGCAAAAGCUCUGGAAGAUAAAUGACAGAAAUCUUAAAAAUCUGCUUGAAGAGUGAGAAGUGAGGAGGUGAGGGAAGACUCCAGGGGUGAAAGAAAUAGAAGUGCUAAUCACACUACUGGGACAUAGAAGUGCUAAUCACACCACUGGGACUGUACAAGAGAUGCUUGUGAAGGGGGAGUUUGCACAAUUUGUGGAGACUUCAGUGUUGACUGAGAAUGGCUGCAUUUAUGAUGUUGCAAAUUCUGUUAAGCUGUAAGCCUUUUAAAAAACUUUUAAAUAGAUUAACCUGUUACUAUCUUGCUUUAAUAAUCUGGAAUAUGAAAAGGUUGUUAUGAAAGCCUCCUCCAGAGCCCUGAUUUUUAUUUGAAGAAGCUUAUGAAUCCCUAAACCUAGGAAGUUGGGUUUUAUCGCAGCUUUAGGGUGCAUACAGCCAGGGAGGUUUCCUGUUUGUGCCUCUGGCUUAGGACUGCUGUGUUAACAGUUCUGUGUUCUGGGAAGCUCUAGGCUUUGUCUCAUUAGCAGGUUUGUUGCUGAUAUAAAGAGCUAUAUUUUGUGUGUGUGUGUGUGUGUGGUCUAAGGGCUUUUUGGGGUUCUCUUUACUACAGAAGAUGAAAGAAGACUUUCUUUUGCAACUGUUCAUAAAGCUUAAGCAUUCAAUCUGUUGUUUCUUCAGGAUAUUAUCUCUGGAAACACUGAAAGAGCUGAGCAGCUUUGGCAAGCUCUACCUGCACAGGGCCAUCAACUGUUGAAGGGGACUUGAUGUAAUUCUUGCGUUGCUGUAAUUACACUUCUGUCAAGAAACUGGAAUAUAUUCUACUGUCUGGGAAUAAACAUGCACCUCCCAGUGCUGAUUUCUGAUAUGAACAUACUGAUCUUUAAACUGACCCCACUCUUCUGUACAGAUAUGUUUAAACCAAUUCUCUUACGCUCUUGUUUUAGUCUUGCUGAAAUGUUUAUAUCUCAAUAACUCCUACAAAGCUUCUGCAUUUUCAUAUAAAUUAAACAGUAAACUUUUUCCAGGUAUAUCUGUCAGGUACUGUGUGUGAUCUUUACCUGUGGAUCUACAGAAGCGAUUCCUUCCUAAACUCACUUCAGAGAAAUAAUUUAAUAACAAGACCUUACCACCUACUGAAAAGAUACAAUGACUGAGUUCCUGGUUUGUUUUAACUGGUGCAACAGUGAGCAGCCCCAGCCGAAGAGGCGUCAGCGAUUGGACCGGAACAUGAUAGGAGAACCAAUGAACUUUGUUCACAAUGCACAUGUGGGGAUAAGAGAGAUGAGUAGUGACUUUUCAUCAGCUGUAUCAAUUCAGGACCACAUGAAGUCUAAAGGUGGCUACACAAAUGGCACUUCUACAGCUGCUGAGUUAUAGGAAAUUGAAAGAAGGCUGACAUCUGCUCUGUCUUACAAAAGUCUUCUGGACUGUGCUUUCAGAUUCACUAAAACCUCUUUAUCAUGGAGUAUAGCAAGUACUUAAGUUAUAAUAGGUCAGUGCGAGCUUUUGCAUUCUUUGCACAUUAGCUUCUGAAGGAGUUACUGGAAAUUAUCCUUAAAGUGUUCUGUGAUGGCAAUGCUUUAAUAGCAACUGUAGUUUGUCACUGUGGAUGACUUCUUAGCUGUGUCCCAAAAACCUCAAAGUUGUCUUGUAGGAGGGGAUAGGAAGGCAGUUUAAAUCGGCUGGGGUUUUGGUUUGUUUUUCUCUUCAAGAAAUGCCGAGAUUGAUUUUAUUUGAAAGACAAGAUGUUUGCACUUCUUAUGUGGGAUAAAUUGAAUUUCUAGAUAGGAUGCAGGCUAGGUAGCCUGCAAUACAACUUUUGAGCUAAUUUUUGGAUGGUUUAUAACCUGAGGCAUAAUUCUACUGAGCAGUAAUUUGGGUUUUUGUUUUGUUUGUUUCUUUGUUUUAUUUCUCCAAGGCUUUUUAUAGUGAACAAACUCUAGUUUAGUCUGCAAAAACCAGUGAAACUUCUGCCUUCUGUGAUAAAGCUUUUGUAAAAAUGCAAGUUUUGCAGACCAACCCACUCAGGAAAACAAGUAUUUCUCUCAGCUGCUCUCCUCCAUAGUGUAACUGAUGGGUGUUGAUGCAACAAUGCUAAUAACAGUAUGCUCACAUCUGCAUGUUAAUUUUGCACAACCCCUAUUGAAUUUUAAACAAAGCCUACUCUAAGAUCACUUUCCAUUGUAACCUACCUAUAGCAAUAGCUUUAUGGAUCUUGAAGAGGUAUCUCCAGAUUCUGCCUUCUUAGUUUCAACAUUUUUCCCUCAGAUGAAGUAUUUCUUAUACGUGGUUUUUACUUAAAGUAUGGUUUAAGUGACAGAGACAAGAGAAUAUUAAAUGGAAACUGCCUAUUACAGACUUCCAGCACUUCAUAAAUGCAGAUAUUUAGACAUACCCAAACUACAGUUUUUCACGUAGUUCUUAUUAAUCUUCCUUUUAAGUGAUAUGCUAAAACUACUGAAAUAGAGCUAGAUUUCUCUCUUAUCCAGUCGCUGACCACUGCUCUCUGACAAAAUUAUGAGUGAGUAUUGGUGUAGAGACUGUGGAAAUUUGCUUGCUCUCGUAGGAUUAACUAAGUACAACUGUUUAAAUUUCUGCAAAAUCCUCACCAGUAAAACUGUAAGUUACUGGGACUCUUCCCUUCUUGCUCUAGGCAUAAGAUCAGUCAUCAACCUUUUUCAUUAAAAAUAAAGUAUUUGCCAGCUGGAUUUUCUUGCAAGGGAGAUUUUUAACAAGUAUGGCUUAUGAUACUUCUUAAAUCUGAAUGCUUGGCUUUGCUGAAGUUCUGCUCUGCAAAGCAUGUAAUACAGUGUAUUAGGGAAGUCAGAACAUGAAAGGUAGUUCUGUGUUUCUGUGUGUGUUCCCAAAAGAAACUUUUUCCCCAUGCUUCCUUCCCAUAUUUCAUCUUCAAGGACUAAAGAGGAAGAGAAUGAUACUUUCCUUAAUAGUCAACAGCUGAUGGUCACAUUUAACCACAUCAAAAAGAAUUUUAAUGUCCAUGUCUUGCUACAUCCUUACUUUUGAACUAGAAUGCAUGUGAUAUUUUAAUACUAUUUAAAAUCACCUUGUUAACCAUAAAUGUUAACACUUUUUAAACACUUUCAUAUUUCUGACUUCUAUCCUCAGACUUAUUCCAACAGCCUAGUUAGGAUGCAGAGUUCAAAGAAGCAAAAUUCUGUAUACUGUUGAGAAAGCAUAAAGUGGUCAAGUUAUUUUUUAAAAUAAAUUCUAACUGAUCUGCUAUUA